UGUAAACAUUGCGUGUAAUAAUUAAUAUUAGUUUUAAAUUUUUCUUUCAUAACUAUCCAGUGAAUUAUGUAGAAUAGUAAUAAUAUGUAAGGAUAAUCGAAAUCUUCAGCGAAUAAAAUAAACCAAAUUAAAAUGCAUAAACCAGAGCAAUUAGAAUCUGUAAUCAAUUCGCAGAAGGAACAGUUGUUGCGUUAUGAAAAACGUCUUAAAGACGUAGUCACUGCAUACAAAGGUCUGUUGAAGGAAAAAACUGCCCUAGAAUCUAGUCUGGCAGCAUUCACUGGUGGAGGAAAUAGUCUUUCAAAUGGACAGCAACAGCCAGCCAAAGUUACCGCUCCACCCGAGGAUUGUGAUGACGCUGGAGGUCUUCGAGAACAGGUGGCCACUCUGAUGAACUCAUUAGCAACGCUGACGGCCGAGAAGAGUCGUAUGGAGUCGUCGUUUAAAUCAGAUCGCAAGCAAUUGCGGGAGACUAUUACGGAAAAGGAUGCGGCCAUCCGGGACUUAGAAGAGCAGGUUAAGGCAUUGAACUAUACGAUUAAGACGGAUUUGGAGACAUGUAAGGCUAAGAUGAAGCAUGAUCGCGAAGAGGAGUGCAAUGUAAAUUUGGUGAUGAUAUGCGAGUUACAAAAGCAGUUGCUAGAUGAAAGACAUUUGAAUGAAACGUUGGAGAUGCAGCUGAGGGAUUUGAAAAUUCAAUUUAAUCAGAAACAUUCCGAUCGGCGGGUAAGUGAGAUGCCUCAAGCAUCAGAAUUGGUAAGACAAAGUUCGGAACAGUUAGAGAGUUCGAAGAAGGAGAAUGCUGCCUUGUCAAGUUUGCUUCAGCAAUUUCAGGGCGAAAUUGAUAACUUGAAGCGCCAGCAUGAUGCGGCUAUUCGAAACGAGCAGCGAAGAGUAUUGAUAGCCGAGGAACGAAGUAAAAAGUUAGAGGAAACUCACGAGGAACGAGUUGCUAACCUAGAGGCACGACUGGCAGAGCUAAGCGCUGUUGUAGGAACGUACGACCGGUUAAGACAACAGGAUCAGGAAAAUAUCUCUAAACUUAAAGAGAAAUUGUCCAAAUUGAGUCUAGAUAACACUUUACCGAGAAGAGUUAGUCAAGAAGGCAAUGUGGAGCGGAUUGUCGAAGAAAUAAGCUAUCUAAAAAACUUACUGUUAUCGGAAAAUGAAAAACUCCACAAACCACUGGAUUUAUCCCUAUUGUUCACAAUACAUUCGGCUUUAGAAAAUGACAUCAACAAUCAAAAUAGUGACCUAGAUGAUUAUCGUAACUUGCAACGCAGCUAUGAUCAGUGUUUGAGGGAAAAUGAAGAACUCAAGGAAACUAUUCUGACUCAUCAAAACAAUACGAAAAGUCUCCAGGAAAAAAAUAAAAUUCUCAAUAAGAACAUUGAUGAGUUGGAGGUGGAAUAUAAAAAUAAACUUAUUGAGCAUAAAAACGCGGUGAAAGCGGAGAAGAUUCGCACUCAGGAGCUACUUAGUGCAAUGGAGUCGGACUUCAAAUCAAGGCUCUCCCAACUAGAAUUACAAUUAAAGAAGCAAAGGGAACGUUCACUGCAGCUUCUCGAGGAGAAAGAGGAAGAAAUUAAAUCUCUCCGCACGUCCUUUGAUAUUAUGAUGCAUGAUACCACCAGUGAACGGGAGAAUUCCACUGCCGACAGCAAAACUAUCUCAGACCAACAACAUAUUUUUGACAACCUUCCAAUAGCACUGUCGAAAAAAAUCAACGUCCUUAAUUCGGUAUUCAAAGCGGAACCAAAUGCGAAUUCAGAAACACAUCACAUUUUACAUUAUGCGCACGAGUUGGCACGCAAGGAAAUCGAAAUCACCGCACUACGAACGGCUAAAAACAACACCGAAUCAGCUUUGCGCCAGGCCCUGCAUGAUAAGGUUGCUUCCCAAGAAGAACUUCAUGAAAAGAUUGCCUACCUGGAAGAGCAAAUUGAUAGGUGGGAACGAUGUAAAUCUCGAGAGGGCGCGAAUCUGGAGUACCUGAAAAACGUAGUGCUCAGCUUCCUUACGUCCCAGGAUGUCGACGGCAAGAAGCACAUGAUUAAUGCAAUAGCUGCGGUUCUUAAAUUUAGUGCGGCCGAAAUGAAAUCCAUUCAGGGCCUGGAUGGCAUCAAACGGUGAAAUAAAUUGUCGGUGCGGUAUGAUUUUCAAUGGGCCCUUUGCGAUGUAUUAUUUUAAACUAAGUAGAUACUAAUAUAUCAAUUGUAUAUCGUGCAUAUUUUAAUUACUCUCUCGUAAUAACUCUCAGCCUUAAUUUACUGUCGACUGUGCACGAUCAA